AUGAAAUCCACAAAUAUAGAAUCGUGUUCUGACCGCCUCAGUCCUUCGAGCGACUUGACAAGCGAGUCAGAAACCUCCUUACCACCGUUUCCCUACGACAAUCAGAACGGAAACUUCUACCAAGCAGAGUUGAACGAAAAACAAUACUUUUCUUGUAAACAGAAGUCCAGAAACGAGCAAAAAAGUCCAAAAGAUGUUUACUUACAAGAAAGCAACAAAAUGACGUUCGAAAACUAUCUGUCACCUCCGAGGAACAAAAAAUAUUUGAAUUUCGAACUCAAAUUGCCGCCGACCAACGACAAUAUUUUUUCGCAAUUGGAGACUGAGGAUCGGAUGCGUUCAGGCUACUUCAAUGAGGUUCAAGAUCUAAAGAGUUGCGUACAAAAUGAGAAUCAUCCGAGUUUGUCGGAUAUGAAAUUGAAUCAGCAGAUUUUUGAUAGUGUUAAUGUUAAUAGCGAAAGGGAUAGAGUGCCUCAGACUUAUUUUGCGGAGAAUGAGAACAGUAAUUUGAGGAGAUGUUUGAAUUUUAAUUCAGAACAAGUGCAGUGUGUUUGCGAAGCGUUGCAGCAGAAGGGUGAUAUAGAGAAGCUUGAAGCUUUUCUUUGGAGUUUGCCUCCUAGUGAACUGCUUAGAGGACAUGAAACAUUGUUGAGGGCCCGAGCACUAGUAGCGUACCAUAGAGGAGUGUACCAGGAGUUGUACGCCAUAUUGGAAGCACACUCGUUCCCGCCAAGACACCACACCGCUCUACAGAGUCUAUGGUUCAAAGCACAUUAUAAGGAGGCUGAAAAAGUUAGAGGAAGAGCGCUAGGCGCAGUGGAUAAGUAUAGGCUUAGGAAAAAAUACCCGCUUCCCAAGACGAUAUGGGAUGGCGAAGAGACAGUGUAUUGCUUCAAGGAGAAGAGCAGGAAUGCUCUGAAAGACUGCUAUUACAGAAAUAGGUACCCAACUCCUGAUGAAAAACGGGCCUUAGCACAGAAGACAGGUCUGACCCUCACACAGGUGUCCAACUGGUUCAAGAAUCGGAGGCAGAGGGACCGCACACCACAGCAACCUAAUAGACCUGAGAUGCUAGUACCAGCGCAAUACGCGGGCCCGCAAGGAGGGCUAGCUCAGGCCUUACUCCCAAAUGCCUAUUAUCAUCAGCUGCAAGACCCCACACACUAUCAUGGCUGUGCACCUUAAUGUUGCCAUAUGAAGGACACCUUAGACGAUCUAUUAAAUUGCGCAAUAUUAUGAAUUGACCGUAGGUAUAGAG